AUGAAGUACUUCGCUUUCUCUAUGGUCUCUGCGCUGGCACUCGCCAGCCUUGGCAGUGCUCGUCCGCUUCCUCAAUCGCAGGCUACUGCUCAGCAGCAGGCUCAGGCUCAAUUUGCUCCUUCAAGCCAGCAGCAGUCGUCUCAAACUGGCUCUGCUGGUGGCUACGCCGGUACAGCUACUGCCGGUCAGAACAACGACUACUCGCAAGUUGCGCCGGGCAACCAAGUCAUGAAUGGUGGAGGUCAGUCUGCUUCCCUCGAAGGCCUUGCUGGCAGCGUUCUGCAGGCUGGCGGCCUUGGCUCGUUCCUUGGACGCCGACAGUCGGAUGGCGAGAGCAGCCAAGAUGCCAGUGCUGGCGGCUACGCUGGUAGUGGUACUGCCCACCAGAACAACGACUAUUCUGCCGUUGCUCCCGGCAACAGCGUUCAGCUUGGCGGCUCUCAGUCUUCUUCGAACCAAGGGACCGCUGGUAGCGUGAGCCAGCAAGGUGGUGCUGACUUCACUGCCUAUGUCAAGAGGAUGGUCGCCAACGACCCCAGUGCCAGCGCUGGCCUGCUCGAGAUGCUUCAGAGCGGAGAGCUUCCUACCAAGAUUGCCGCUCCUGUCGCUGACAACAGCAACGGCCAGAGCAACGGAAACGGCAACAGCAACAACGCACCCGUCUGGCUUGCCUAG